AUGAGAGCUCCCCUGAAUGAUGCUGAGGAUGUCCCGACGGGAGCUGCGGAGACCCAGACACAGACAAUUCCUAGCAAGUUCGCUCUCGCCUUCCCAGCAGCAGCUCAACCUGUUCUGGUCCAGCAUCCUGACGAGCUGACGUUCGAUAUGUACGACAGUGUUAUGCUUACACAAGUGUAUGUGUGGCACCUCGUCUUUCGUGACCUCAAGGAUGUCGAUGAUCCCGUUCAAUUCGAUUACAUGCUUGGUAAAAGUGCGACUAAUAUGACGACAGGUGUUGCGCUCAUGAUGGAAGACCGACUUUAG